AUGCCAGUAGUUGUUCCUUUCUUUUCUGGAGCAAAGCAACUCACAAUUGAUCUUGCAGAGCCCGUGGUUAUCCUUCGAGGAACAUCGGAUGAUAAGAUUACCCAUGUUCUCCAAGGAGAAGUGAACAUUGUCUUGACUAGACCAGUCGCCAUCUCCCGAGUGGCUAUCAAAUUUGUUGGAAAAUCAUAUAGCUUAUGGCCUGAAGGCAUUGGAGCCAGAAAGACCAAAUUAUACCAUGAAAAGAUCAUUCAUGAACAAAAUAUUCUUCUGCAAUCGUUUCCAGAAAACCCACCCAAGCAUGAGGGCGUGCUAGAAGCUGGUGUGCAUCGCUGGCCCUUUCAAUUCCUACUUUCCAAUCAGCUCAUCGAAACGAUUGAAGACGACAUGGCCAAAGUAUUCUACUAUUUGGCAGCAUCUGUGCAUCGAGUUGGAAUGGGUGCUACCAAGUUACGCUGUCGACGAGAUAUUCUUUUGCUUCGUACACCCAACUGGUCCGACAACGCACUCACAGCCAAUUCAUUACCCACCACCUCCAUCACAUCCGAAAGACAACUCGAUAUCUGUGAUGCAUCUAUUUGCAUUGAGAAAUCAAAUGUAUCCUCUGGCACUCAGUUCCCUAUUUCAAUCUCCUUGUCACCCAAUCGAAAGCACGUCUUUAUAGAAGCUAUUUCUGUUAUACUGACGGAAAAAAGAGUAUAUCGUCUUCCAGAGUUUCAGGCCCGUCGAUGUGAAUUACACGAUUUCAAAGUAACACUGGCUAAUGUUACCAGUUGUGUUGAUCCGGCAUUCACCUCGACACAUGGCUUGGUUCCUGAACUUUCAUUGAGAGAAAUGCGCCGUGCACUCGGUGUCAAGAAUGCUCACAUCCCGUUAGAUGAAGGACCAUUUCACCACCGCCUUGUGUUCACCUUACCCAAUUGCGUACACCUCAAUCACACAUCCACAUUCUCAGAGAUCAGCAUUCGUCAUACACUCAAAAUCCACAUUGAAGUCGCUGGACUUGCAGAUGACGGAGGCCACGCUAGAACACACAUCCGUUUAGAAACCCCCAUCACCAUCCUGGAUUGUCGUCUCAAGGAGGACUAUAAUGCUUUACCCACCUAUGAAGAAGCCCUCUUGCACGAUUCCGUGAUUGAUGAAAACGACAUGUCAGACUCCAGCACUAAACCUACUGGUUUUUUCAUGUGCCCAUGCUAUUUAGAAUACAAAAAAAAGAGAAAAUGCAGUGGCAAAGAUUGGAUGAAGAUCAGAGAUGGACAACAUCGACCUACAGUCAUUCACCGUCAGAGCUCUGGAUCCGAUGAAUUACCACCUGCCUACGACGUUGUGAAUCCCAAGUUACAAUAG